UCUGAAAACUCUAGGCGCUCGCAUCAUGAAAUAGCAAGCGUCUCAAUUAUUGUAUUACUUCCGUGUGAAUAAUUUCAUAGACAAAGAACACCUUUUACUGGAUUUUUUCCCGUUUGACUGUCCAGAAACUUGCUUUUUGAAAUGUCUGCAAUACCUGCUGGUAAGACUCCCAUCAGCUACCUGCAAGAGCUGUGUACAAAGCGUGGCAUCACCCCUCAGUAUGAUCUCAUUGCCAAUGAAGGGGCUGUUCAUGAACCCACCUUCAUCAUGCGGGUAACAGUUGGAGAAAUCAUGACCAGUGGCAAAGGUUCAAGCAAGAAGAAGGCCAAGCACUCUGCAGCACAGCAGGCUCUCAACAGUAUCCUGGGUCUCACCAACGGUCAGCCACCAGCAGCCGAGACCAAUAUCAACAGUGUGCCCAGUAGCCCCUCCUCAGUAGAGGGUGAAGGCAACCCUGUCGGGGAGCUGCAGGAGCUGACUCAGAAGAAGCUGAUGAAGCCCCCUCUGUAUGAGUUCACCAGUGAGCAAGGGCCACCACACGCCAGAGAGUUCAUCUGCACGGUGAAACUGGGAAAAAUCCAGGAAAAAGGUUCAGCACGUUCCAAGAAGGCGGCCAAGCGUAUCGCUGCCAAGGCCAUGUUGACCCACAUCAAGGAGCUUGUGGAGGAUGGAGGCAGUGCUGUCAUUGAGGAAGAGGAGGAGGAGGACAUACCUCUGAGUGUAGAGCCUCUAAUGGCCUCCUAUACGGCUCUGAAGGAAGGGAAAGUCAAGGUGCCAGUCCUUACCACAAAACACAACAAAGAAAUUCAGAAAUUCUACCAGACUGUCAUGAAGAAGAGCAGCAAGCAGCUGAAGAGCUUGCAGGGGAAGCCCCUGAAUGCCCCGGCAACCAACUACUGUCAGAUGCUGCAGGAGAUUGCAGAGGUCCAGAGGUUUGAGGUCGUCUACACGGACAUACCGGAGCUCAGUGCCUACGGCAUGCACCAGUGUCUGAUCCAGCUGUCAACUCUGCCUGUGGCAGUGUGUCACGGAACGGGGCCCACAGUGGACGAGGCUCAUGCUAAUGCAGCCCAUCAUUCACUGCAGUACCUGAAAUUGAUGACAAAGGCGUAACCAUAGCCACCAGGAUGCCUCAUAGCCUCACGCUGACAAAUAGCACGGAUAGGAAGUGAAUUGAUCAUAAACGACCUUAUCCCCACCCACCCAUCCCCCAUGUAUUGCUUACACAAAAUGUAUUAGCAAUUGUUGCGCUUAUUUUUGCGGGUUUUUUUUUUGCUCCAAAUCUGUACAGCCAUUUUUUUCACAAAAUUUGCAAGAUUUUUUCCUUUGCCAAGAAAAAUAUCUUGAUUUUUGUUUCUGUCAAGUUCAAAAGAGAGCAUUUGUGAGAAUUCUUUAUUCAUUCAAUUUUGUUUGUGUUUUAAUCCAUUAAAGAUAUUUUUAAUUGCCCCCUAACAAAGGGGUUUAACUGAUCAAAUUGUCAAUUUUUAUAACAUCUACCUUAAAUGUGCAAUUAUUUAUAUGAAUCUAUUAAAAAUGUAUUAUCAAAUAGCAGCUUUUAUUGCACCUAAGAUUAAAUUAGAAUACUAAUAAUCAUGUUCGCAAUCAACCAAAAUUGAAAUAGUUUUUCUCACUCUUCAGGAUAUUGUUCCUUUCCUCUACCAUUUCAUUUACUGAUUUUGAACUCUUUCAGUGCUGGAACCGAAUUUUGAAGGCCUUUGCAAACAGUUUGGAUCCAGAUGCGACGCCACAGAACGUGGCGUCUCAUCAGGAUCCAAACUGUUUGCUAUUCUGAUAGUAUUCUUUGAAAAAAAUUGAAGAAAAUGCUAAUUUUAGAAAUUCAGGAGACGACAUUUUAGCAGACAACAAAUUUCCCAGCAUGCAAAGGGUUAAAGACCAUGCAAGUUGAUCCAAGAAUAUUACAUUUUUAUGCUUUUGUAAGGGACCAUUAUUUAUUAAUAAAAGAGACAUACUAAGGUAAACUCGAUGCUUUAUUGGCAAGUAUUUAAGCCACAUUACUUACAUUAUAUUUCCUUUACAAAAAUAUGAAUAAACAGUACAUGGCUGAUAAUGGAACAAGUAUGGUACUGUUAUGAAUUGCUUCAACUGCAUUUUCAGUCCAUAAAUAUUUACUUCCACAUUAUUUGUACUGUAACAUUGUAUGAUACAAUCUAGUAAUAGAUAUUUGCAGAUCACAUUUCAAUAUUUCACCGCAUUAAUGUAUGUGGGUUUUUUUACAUUCUAGAAUGUUUUCAGUUCACAUGUCAAUAUUUUAUGUUCAUUAAUGAUUGCAGUUCAAAGGUCAAUAAUUGACCUUGACCCAGAAUCUCGUGUCUAAGGUCAAGUCGGGUCCUAUGCGUUUCUUCUGGCACGGUAUAUAGUGUAUUCAUUAUGUUGGGUUAUUUAUAAAUUAAGGAAAUAAUGAUGCAUUUUGCUGGAAAAUGUUAUGUCAAUAAUUAUUUUUAAUAAGAAUGUUUCAUCAAUACUUUACCCAUUUAAUACACUUUCAGUUCUAAGCUAUGAUAUUUCUACAGUGUUUAGUUAGUAACAGGUUGGUGUUUUUGUGCCUAGCUAUUUAUUACUAUUCAGAAAUCAUUGGAUUUUUCGAAUGGGUAGAUUAUUGUUAUAACAUGUUCAAUUAAAAGCAUGUUGUGUUAUUAAGCCAAAACUUUGAUGGGAGCACAGACGUGAAAGUCAAAUUAGUUUUGGGAAAACAUUGAAAUUAUAUUAAAAUGAGAAAAUCGAUUUUUAAAUAAAUAGUUUUUAUGCUGUAAUUUGUGGACAAACAAUAUAUGAUGUAUUUGCGGACAUACUUCUUUCAAAUGCUACAAUAAUAAAAGUAUAACCAGUAAUGCUGGUAGUAAAAUGUUGCAAGUGACAUUGGAGUAAAUGUCAUCAGUAUAAAUACCCCACAUAAUCGAUAUAGAAUGCACUGUGGUCAAAUGAGUCUUCCUAUUUGUUCGACAGUGAGGCUAUUUUAUGUCCUGGGUGGGCUAGACAUAAUUAAUUAUUUGUAUUUUAUGAAAUAGUUUGUGUCAUUUGUGCUAAUAUAGCUUUGUUAAGAUUAUGUUGUCUUUUUAAAUUUAUUGUAUUUUUCAUAAUGCGCUGAAUUUUGUAUUGUAUCUGUACAUUUAAGUUGAAUAUAAUAAAUUUCACACUGGUGUGUACAA